UAGCGGCGAACGGGCGCAAAGCAGCGCGCUGUGUCCCUCGCCGGCACCCACACUCGGCGCCCCCAGCAGCUUCCGGGCCGAGGGGGACCGGAAGUGGAAAGGUACUUCCGGUUGCUGAGGCUGGUUGCUGUGAAUUUUCUUUGAUCUAAUUAUGGUGAAAAAUGUUCAGGAAAGGGAAAAAACGACACAGCAGCAGCAGCUCACAAAGUAGCGAAAUCAGCACCAAGAGUAAGUCUGUAGACUCCAGUCUUGGUGGACUUUCCAGAUCUAGUACUGUUGCCAGUCUAGAUACAGACUCCACUAAAAGUUCAGGACAAAGCAACAGUAAUUCAGAUACCUGUGCAGAAUUUAGAGUUAAAUAUGUUGGUGCCAUUGAAAAACUGAAACUUGAGGAGAGCAAAAAUCUGGAAGGGCCCCUGGACUUGAUAAAUUACAUAGAUGUUGCACAGAUGGAAAGUUACCUUUUGUUCCUAGCGAAGAGGAGUUUAUUAUGGGAGUUUCCAAAUAUGGUAUUAAAGUCUCAACAUCAGAUCAGUAUGAGUCAGAUGUGUCAUAGAAGCUGUUACCAGGGGCAUAAAAUCUCUUCUGCUACUUGGUUGCAGGAUGUGUUACAUAGACAUGCUCUGUAUUUAAUUGUGAGGAUGGUCUGCUAUGAUGAUGGUCUUGGAGCAGGCAAGAGUUUAUUGGCUUUGAAGACAACAGAUGCAAGUUAUGAAGAAUUCAGCCUCUGGUUAUACCAGUGUAAUAGUCUGGAACAAGCACAAGCCCUCUGCAAAGUAUUGUCAACAGCCUUUGACUCUGUUUUAACAUCAGAGAAGUCUUGAAUUUCUUCAGCUGUCAUAUGGGAUGCUUCAAGAAUGCUUUGUACUGAGGAGAAGGGCAGCCCCCUUUUGUGACAAAACCAACUAAAUCAAGCUUUUCAGAAUGGAACACGUGUGAACUCUGUCACUGCUUGGACAGGAUCAUUAACACUGCACCAAGGAGAACCACACAAUUUUGUAUAUAUAGAAGUUUCUUAUGUUGGUCUGCAGCCAUUAGAAAAUGACAGCUCAAGUCUGACUUACCUGAAGAAGUCAUUUCAGAGUUCAGACGUCAUCUUCCAGCUCAUAAAUUUGUGAAUAAUGCUGACUUUUUUCUAAUUGUCAAGUUUGUAUCACAAAUAGUAUUUUGUACAGGAAUGUAAAAUAAAAGUUUGACAUUUGUCUUCUAA